AUACUCGGCAAUUGUUUGAAACGUUAGAUCUCUUUGAACGUGUUCCCGAAUGUCCCGGCGGCGCCCGGGAUGCCCUGCGCGGGCGAGGAUCGCAGCAUUUACAGAAGAGGCGCUCGUCGGUGGCGAAAGCUCUACCGGGUCAACGGUCACAUAUUUCAAGCGAAGCGAUUUAAUAGACGAGCCUUCUGUGCCUUCUGCCAAGACCGCAUAUGGGGUCUGGGUCGGCAAGGUUUCAAGUGCAUCCAAUGCAAGCUACUGGUGCACAAAAAGUGCCACAAGCUGGUACAGAAGCCUUGCUCCAACGAGCAUGUCGACCCCAUCGAGGUCAAAGAUGACGCCAACGGAGAGAGCACUCUUGGAAGAGCGUCUUCUGUUAGGUCUCGAGCGGAGCCCGAGCCUCCGCUGCCGGAGACUCCGCCGGCGCCGCCUUCAGCCCCAGUGAGAAACGAGGACCUCGAACCUGGCUCGCAACGCCAGUACUCUCUAGAUGACUUCGAGCUGAUCAGGGUCAUCGGUCGCGGGUCUUAUGCCAAGGUGUUAAUGGUGGAACUGAAGCGCACAAAACGCGUGUACGCAAUGAAGGUGAUCAAGAAGGCGCUGGUGACUGACGAUGAAGACAUCGACUGGGUCCAGACGGAGAAACACGUGUUCGAGACCGCGUCCAACCACCCCUUCCUUGUGGGCCUCCACUCCUGCUUCCAGACGCCCAGCCGCCUAUUCUUUGUUAUCGAGUUCGUGAGGGGCGGAGACCUCAUGUUCCACAUGCAGCGUCAAAGACGUUUGCCAGAAGAACACGCGCGCUUCUACGCGGCCGAGAUAUCCCUCGCGCUGCACUUCCUCCACGAGAGGGGCGUCAUCUACCGGGACCUGAAGCUGGACAACGUGUUGCUGGACCACGAGGGACACAUCAAGCUCACCGAUUACGGAAUGUGCAAGGAGGGAGUUCGACCCGGUGAUACGACAUCCACGUUCUGCGGUACGCCAAACUACAUAGCACCGGAAAUCCUGCGCGGUGAGGAGUACGGCUUUUCCGUGGACUGGUGGGCGCUCGGAGUGCUCACUUACGAGAUGCUCGCCGGCCGCUCGCCCUUUGACAUCGCUCACGCGGCCGAUAACCCCGACCAGAACACCGAGGACUAUCUCUUCCAGGUUAUCCUAGAGAAAACGAUUCGUAUCCCGCGCUCGCUGUCGGUGAAGGCGGCGUCAGUGCUUAAGGGCUUCUUGAACAAGAACCCCGUGGAGCGGCUCGGCUGCGGCGAGGCGGGCUUCCUCGACAUCGUCAACCACCCCUUCUUCAAGAGCAUCGAGUGGGAGAUGUUGGAGCAGAAGCAGGUGGUUCCGCCGUUCAAGCCGCGGCUGGAGGGCGAGCGCGACCUCGCCAACUUCCCGCCCGAGUUCACCGACGAGCCUGUGCACCUCACGCCCGACAACGACACGGUGAUCGCCGACAUCGACCAGUCGGAGUUCGAGGGCUUCGAGUACGUGAACCCGCUGCUCAUGUCGCUGGAGGACUGCGUGUGA